UGCAGGAUGUCCUGUGGUGCCAACAUGGCCAGUCCUGCAACUGCAGAGAUGUUCUGGUGCCUUUCUCAGAAGUUUAUAUACUUCUGGCACUAUGCCUGAACUACUGGCAUGCAAAGAGGACCAUGCUGUUUACAGCAGCAUAGAUAGUUGCUCAGGUAGGGCAGUAAUAGCUAUUUCUGCUGUGCUCAGUGUGGGGAGGAUUACAGGGAAGAGGGUAACCUCUGCCGCUCCCUGAAGUUUGCCAGCACCAUCACUUACGAGGAAUGGUGGAAGUGAGGGAGCAGAAGAAAGCCACUCACUGUGCCUCUGGUGUUCUCUUGUGAUCUGAGAAAGCAAUUUUAACUGGGAAAGAAAAAAUUGGCAGAACUGAGUGAAAAUGCCCAGGAGAAGGAAAGACUGGGGUCCCAACCCCACUGGUGGCUCUGUAAACCUUGGAAUGGACAUGGAAGACAGCAUGGUUUACGGCCUCACCUAUAAAAAAUUCACCCUUGGAGAUAGUUAUUGGAGCCCAGGGCCUCAUGACAAGCCAGAAGCACAGAAGGCCUUCUCAGAAGGGAAAUAUCAUGCCGCUUGGAGAACAAUGAUCCCAAUUCGCACCAAAUCAAAGUCCUCCACUUCUCAUCCUGUGGAUGACGCUGGCUUAUUCUCCUACCUUACCAAUUCGUGGCUAAACCAUCUCAUGAUCCAGGGCUUCCAGAAACACCUAACUGAGCUCACUGUGCCUUCUCUGUCCAUAUAUGACACCUCAGAAAGGAACUCUAAAAGGCUUAGACACCUCUGGGAAGAAGAAGUUGCAAAAUAUGGUUAUGAAAAAGCUUCUCUGAUUCGUGUGCUCUUCAAGUUCCAGAGGACAAGAAUUUUCUUUGAUUUCUUGGCAGGCGUAUUCUUCAAUAUUAUGAGUGUCUUAGGACCAGUGGUAAUUGUGCCAAAGAUCCUUGAAAAUGGUGCAGACGUAUCAAAGAGUCUUUCCUAUAGCAUUGGACUCUGCUUUGCUCUUUUCUUCACUGAGUGUUUCAAGUCUUUCGGUUUCUGUGCAUGUUGGAUAAUCAACCAGCGGACUGGGACCAGGUUGAGAACAGCCGCAUGUUCAUUGGCUUUUGAAAAGCUCAUGGAAUACCGGUCUUUAGCCCAUAUCUCUGUUGGAGAGGCCCUUAGCUUUUUUGCCAGUGACGUCAAUCACCUGUUUGAAGGGGCUUGCUUUGGUCCUCUGCUUACCCUCACAUUGGGAACAAUAAUUAUUGCUUCUGUUUCCACUUACCUCACUCUUGGUCCUACUGCGCUUCUAGGAAUCACCUGCUACCUCCUGGUGUUUCCCCUGCAGGGGUUUUUGACCAAGAUUAUUGUAAGGCUAUGCCAUCAGGCUUCUGAGGUCAGUGAUAAGCGAAUCCGAAUCACAAGUGAAGUUCUCACCUGUAUCAAGCUGAUUAAAAUGUACUCUUGGGAAAAACCGUUUUCAGCCAUCAUUAAAGCUUUAAGAAGUAAGGAGCAGAAAUUAUUGGAAAAAUUUGGAUUCCUUCAGAGUCUCAAUACUGCCAUGUUUUUCGCUAUGCCAACUGUAGCUACUGUUGUGAUGUUCCUUGUCCACACGGCGUUAAAGCUAGAGCUCACUACAUCACUAGCAUUCACUAUUGUGGCUACAUUGAAUGUACUGAAGUUAUCUGUGUUCUUUGUGCCUUUUUCUCUCAAAGGGCUUACAAAUUCACACUCAGCUGCAUGGAGAUUGAAGAAUUUUUUCCUGAGGGAAUGCCCUGCAUUUUAUGUCCAGGAACUGAAAGGCUCUGCUGCAUUGGUCUUGGACAAUGCCACCUUAUCUUGGGAAUGGAAUGAUGGUGGGAUCUGCAAUGGAGCUGUGGAGAUGAAUGGGAAUGGGGACUGCCCUGACAAAUCUGCUGUAGGACCAUCUCAAGGGAAGAAUCAGCCAACUCGGAGGCUCAGCCAACUUGGAGAAAGAAUGACCAGCAUAGGUCCGGUGUUGCACAAUAUAAGCAUUGUGGUACCAAAGGGGAAGAUUUUAGGGGUUUGUGGAAAUACAGGAAGUGGAAAGAGCUGUCUGUUAUCAGCAAUACUGGGGGAGAUGAAUUUACAUGCUGGAUCUGUGGGAGUGAAUGGAAGUUUGGCCUAUGUCCCCCAGCAGGCAUGGAUAUUUAGUGGGACCGUCAGAAGUAACAUACUCAUGGGAGAAAAAUAUGACCAAGCCAGAUAUCGCCAGGUGAUCCAUUCCUGUUCACUGAAGAGAGACUUGGAAAUUUUGCCCUAUGGAGACAUGACUGAAAUUGGUGAGCGGGGCCUCAACCUCUCUGGGGGUCAGAAACAGAGGUUGAGCUUGGCACGAGCUGUAUAUGCCAACCGUGAGAUCUACCUGCUGGAUGACCCCCUCUCGGCGGUGGAUGCCCAUGUUAGGAAGCAAAUAUUUGAAGAGUGCAUUAAGAAGGCACUCAAGGGGAAGACCAUAGUUCUGGUGACUCACCAGCUGCAGUAUUUAGAGUUUUGUGACCAGAUCAUUUUACUUAAGGAUGGGAAAAUAUGUGAAAGUGGAACUCAUGAUGAAUUAUUGCAGAAGAACGGACAAUAUUCCCAGCUCAUCCAGAAAAUAUGUAGGGAGACUCUACAGAAUGCAACAGAUGGGGCUAAAAAUACAACAGAGAAGACGCAGGUAGAUCUCUACUCCCAGGAGGGAUUCUUCAAUGAAAAUUCAAUAAUGGAGACUCAGCUUACUGAAAAGGAAAAAAUGGAAGAAGGUUCCCCAAGCUGGAAAGUCUAUCACCAUUACAUCCAGGGAGCAGGAGGUUACAUUGUCAUUUUCCUGACUUUUCUUCUCAUGAUGGUGAAUGUCAGCCUUACAACAUUCAGUUUUUGGUGGUUGAGCUACUGGCUCCAUCAGGGCUCAGGGGCCGGUAACAGCAGCAAGAUCAAUGGAACAGAACAGUUGGGCUCAGGAAACCUGGGGGACAAUCCCCGAAUGCCUUUUUACCAAUUAGUGUAUGGACUGUCUGCCCUGUUACUGAUUUUUACAAGUGUCAUCUCAUCAGCCGUUUUCACCAGAACUACAAGGAAGGCAUCCACUGCCCUUCACAACAAGCUCUUUAUGAAGAUUCUCCACUGCCCUAUGAGUUUCUUUGACACAACUCCUAAUGGUCGAUUCUUAAACUGUUUUUCUGGGGACUUGGAUGAGUUGGACGGAAUAAUGCCAUUGGUUGCAGAAGAGUUCUUACUUUUUUUUCUCGUCAUGGUGUCUAUUUUGAUCAUUGUGAUCAUACUGUCUCCCUAUUUCCUGAUUGUUGGAAGCAUCAUUGGUGUUGUCUUUUUUAUUUUAUUUCAGGCUUUCAGGAAGACCAUCAAUGUGAUCAAGAGGCUAGAGAACUAUAGCAGAUCUCCAGUCUUCUCUCAUGUCCUUACCUGUCUGCAUGGCCUGAGCUCUAUACAUGUCUAUGGGAGAACCAAUGACUAUGUCCAGGAAUUCAGAAGGCUCACAGAUAACCAUUGUAACUAUGUAUUGCUGUUUGUGUCUGCCACACGUUGGAUCUCAUUGAGACUCGAGCUCCUAACCAACCUGAUGACCCUAGCAGUGGCCUUGUUUGUGGUUCUAAGUCCUACUUCUAUAAGCUCUUCCUAUAAAGCCAUGGCCAUAAGCUACGUCCUGCAGUUGGCUUCAAAUUUUCAGGCUUGUGCCAGGUUGGGUUCAGAAACAGAGGCCCGGUUUACUUCUGUGGAGAGGAUACUCCAGUACAUGAAGCUGUCUGUUCCUGAGUCCCAUUUACACAUCAAAGGGGUGAGCUGCCCCCCGGAUUGGCCACAGCAAGGGCAAGUAACCUUCAAGGAUUAUCAGAUGAGAUACAGAGACAACACACCAAUAGUUCUCAAUGACAUCAACCUGACCUUUUAUAGCCAAGAAGUGGUGGGCAUCGUGGGAAGAACGGGCUCUGGAAAGUCCUCUUUGGCAGUGGCUUUAUUCCGGCUGGUGGAGCCUGCUGCUGGCAGUAUCUUUAUUGAUAAUGUUGACAUCUGUAGCCUUGGCCUAGAGGAUCUGCGGUCCAAGCUGUCAAUCAUCCCUCAAGAUCCUGUCUUGCUAUCAGGCACCAUAAGGUUCAACUUAGACCCCUUUGAAAAUUACACCGAUGAGCAAAUCUGGCAAGCUUUGGAAAGAACAUACUUGACUAAGACAAUCUCAAAACUCCCAGAAAAACUGCUAGCUGAAGUUGUGGAAAAUGGUGGAAACUUCUCUGUUGGGGAAAGGCAGCUUCUUUGCAUAGCUAGAGCCCUCCUGCGCAAUUCCAAGAUCAUAUUAAUAGAUGAAGCUACUGCCUCCAUUGAUGUGGACACUGAUGCCCUGAUCCAGCACACAAUUCGAGAGGCAUUCCGUGGUUGUACAGUGCUGAUCAUUGCACAUCGCAUCACAACUGUCCUGGACUGUGACCGCAUCCUAGUUAUGGACAAUGGAAAGGUGUUGGAGUAUGACAAACCUGAAGUCCUACAACAGAGGCCUGAUUCAGCAUUUUCAGCUUUGCUGGCAGCAGCACAUAAAAUGUAAAAUUAGAGCAGUGGUGUAUGGGAGAGCUCCAGAUGGAUCUGGAGGUCCGAGAUGGGACCAGCUUAACCACUGGGCUCUGAAACUCUCAAGUCCCCAAACUACAUAGAUAUACUGCUAUAAGUACUUCGAUGAACUCAGUUUAUCCAGAGAUCCAGACCAUGUCAGCAUUUGAAAAUUUCCUUAGAGCAGGAUGGGCACAAUUUUCCCCCAUUUAAAAAAAAUUCUGUGCUUAACAAACACCAAAGAAAUUAAGAUUUUCGUAUAUGAUAUGGAAAGGGAAAGGAUUGUGCAUGAAACUCUGAGUCUCUAUUAUGUAGAGCUUGCUUUUCUUUUUAAGGAUACAAUAAACUCAACAUGUAACUUU